GUGUGUGUGUGUGUUAGUCACUUUCCAUUAUGCAAACUCCCCUCUUCCUCUUCAGUUCAGACAAAAAGAAACUCAAUUUUAAAACAAGAGGAACAUAAAACAGUUUAGAUGAAAAACACAGAAGUAGAGGGUUUCUCACAGUGAACACUGUGGCUUUUUCUGUACAAACCCAGCUAUUACAGUGUUUACAUUCAGACUGUAAACAAAUUCUAUAAUGCAAACUCCACCCUGAUUUCUGCGGAAACAAAAGCAGAUGUAUGUGAGAAACUGAAACUGAAGCUCAGCAGCUUGUGAGGAGAGGACCGAGUGAAAACACAUUCGCUGUUGGUUGUGUUCUUUGUUGCACUGUGGGACGAGGAACUACAGAAAAACAUUUCACUACAUCACAUGACUGUAAUAUAUACGUGAGAAACAGAGAACCUUGAACCUUCCUAUGCACAAUAUGACAAAGAACAGUCAGAGACUGCAGUGUUCUAAUCUCACAGAGGAAAGCUGUAGAGUUCUGUCCUCAGUUCUCAGCUCAAACUCCUCCAGUCUGAGAGAACUGGACCUGAGUGGCAAUAAACUGCAGGAUUCAGGAGUGAAGCUGCUCUCUGCUGGACUGGAGAAUCCACACUGUACACUGGAGAUACUGAGGUUGUGUUGGUGCGAUCUUUCAGAACAAAGCUGCAGAGUGCUGUCCUUGGUUCUCAGUUCAAACUCCUCGAGUUUAAGAGAACUGGAUCUGAGUGGCAACAAACUGCAGGUGUCAGAAAUUAAACUGCUUUCUGCUGGACUGGAGAAUCCACACUGUACACUGGAGACCCUGAGGUUCUGUUGCUGUAAUCUGACAGAGGAAAGCUGUAGAGUUCUGUCCUCAGUUCUCAGCUCAAAUUCCUCCAGUCUGAGAGAAUUGGACCUGAGUAACAAUAACCUGCAGGAUUCAGGAGUGAAGCUGCUCUCUGCUGGACUGAAGAAUCCACAGUGUAAACUGGAGAUACUGGGAUUGUGUUUGUGUAAUCUGAGAGAGGAAAGCUGUAGAGCUCUGUCCUCAGUUCUCAGCUCAAACUCCUCCAGUCUGAGAGAACUGGACCUGAGUAACAAUAACCUGCAGGAUUCAGGAGUGAAGCUGCUCUCUGCUGGACUGGAGAAUCCACAAUGUACACUGGAGAAACUGGGAUUGUAUGGUUGCUGUCUCACAGAGGAAAGCUGUAGAGCUCUGUCCUCAGUUCUCAGCUCAAACUCCUCCAGUCUGAGAGAACUGGACCUGACGGAUAAUAAACUGCAGGAUUCAGGAGUGAAGCUGCUCUCUGCUGGAUUGGAGAAUCCACACUGUAAACUGGAGAUACUGAGAUUGUGUUUGUGUGAUCUCUCAGAGGAAAGCUGUAGAGUUCUGGCCUCAGUUCUGAGAUCCUCCAGACUGAGAGAACUGAACCUGUGGGAUAAUAAACUGCAGGAUUCAGGAGUGAAGCUGCUCUCUGCUGGACUGGAGAAUCCACACUGUACACUGGAGAAACUAGAACUGACACGGUGCAGUGUUACAGAAGAAGGUUGUGCUGCUUUGGCUUCAGCUCUGAGGUCAAACUCCUCAUCACACCUGAGAGAACUGAACCUGGACUUCAAUAAACCAGGAGAAUCAGGAGUGAAGCUGCUCUCUGAUCUACUGAAGGAUCCACACUGUAAACUGGAGACACUGCACAUGAAAUAAACUAAUACGUCUUCUUGAAGAUGAGCUGCAUGAGAUUAAACUCUGCUGCAUUUCUUUCUCUGGAUUAAAGAAAAGUUUAAUGAUGUAACAUGACUGUAUGUAUAAUGCUUUCAGCUUUGCUAAUGUGUGUGUGUGUGUGUGUGUGUGUUUAUUUACAUGGGAAUAUAAAAUAAAACAAGGGAAUAGAAUUCAAGCCAUGUGCAGAUCUCAAACUCAUUUACACACUCACACACACACCAACACUUACUCUCACUCUCUUCUGAUCUAUAACACAAACACUUUUGGAUGGCCGGGUGUGUGUGUGUGUGUGUGUGUGUGUGUGUGUGUGUGUCGCUUACCUGGGGAAGAGAUGGCACCAGGAUGCACUAUGGGAAGAAGGCAAGCUGGCGGAGGCAGUGUGAUGGUCUGGGCAACGUUCUGCUGGGAAACCUCGGGUCCUGGCCUUCAUGUGGAUGUUAGUUUGACACGUACCACCUACCUAAACAUUGCUGCAGACCGAGUUACACCCCUUCAUGGCAACUGUGUUCCCUAAUGUCAGUGGCCUCUUUCAGCAGGAUGAUGCUCCCUGACACACUGGAACAUGACAGGAACAUGACAGAGUUCAAGGUGUUGACUUGGCCUCCAAGUUCCCCAGAUCUCAAUCUGAUCGAGCAUCUGUGGGACGUGCUGGACAAACAAGUCCGAUCCAUGGAGGCCCCACCUCACAACUUACAGGACUUAAAGGAUCUGCUGCUAACGUCUUGGUGCCAGAAACCACACACACCUUCAGAGGUCUUGUGGAGUCCAUGUCUCGACGGCUCAGA